AUGAUUAUCAAACCCUCCCUCCUGCUGCUAGGUGCGGCCUCCGUCUUCGCCGCCGACCAAAUUCCGAUCAGCGCCAGCUCAGUAUGCCUGCUCUCCGCUAAUCCCAAUGACUGCUGUGCCGGUGGAGCAAAGUCUGGCGAGGUGUCAAUCAACGACCGCACCUUCAAGUUCACUUGCUCAUCGAACUUGAUGGCCCUCAAUCCCAGAAACCCGCAAAAGGCCGACAAUGCUCACGCUUGUGCAUCACUCUGUGCAGACGAUGUGUCCUGUGAAGGAUCGUCUUUCAAAGCACACGGCAAGGCAGCCCGCGGGGGAAAUAACUGCUUCUUUAACAUCGGUAACAACAUGGAUCAGAAGCCUGAUGGAGAGUGGAUUACCUUCACCGAAGUAUUGCCAUCUUGUUUGGAGUCGGAUGACCGCAAUGCCUGCUGCUCUGAUCCAACGAAACAAGAAAGCGAAAUCUUGAUAGACAACGUCCGCUGGAAGUGGACCUGCCAGUCCAUCUUCGUUUCACUCAAACCGAAAGGCAAACCGGUAGCUACUGCUCAUGACUGUGCUUCCCUUUGCGCAUCAGAAGGGUGUGAAGGAGUUUCAUUCCGAACGCAGGGCCCUCGAAAGGAUACUUGCUUCUUCAUCAUAGGCAGCAACAAGGAUCAGAAGCCUUCGGAUACGUUCCUGUCACUCGUUAAAGUUGUGGAUGACAUCGUCGAACCCCCGAUCCCGGAGCCAGACGACAAAAAGUGCGUUGAGGAGAAUGCUCAAUGUAUUAAAGAAAAGGACCAGUGUAUCAAGGAUGAAGAUGCUUGCGUCAAAGAAAAGGAUACAUGCAAAGAAGACCUCGAGCAAGCGGAACAUACCCUCCAAAUUUGCAAAAACAACCAGGUGGACCCUGCCAAAUUGGCGCAAUGCGAAAUUGAUAAACUGGCAUUGGAAUCCGCCGAAGUGGAUUGCCGUCGGCGCUUUGCGGAGGUGGAAGAGAAAAGGAAACAAUGCCGCUCAGAUCAACAGAAGUGCGAAAAGGAGAAGGGCGACCUCAACAUCCAGAAGCAACAGUGCGAGAACGACAAGACUGGCUUGGAUAUGGAGAUCACUCAACAGGACGAUGAGAUUGCAGAACUCAAUUCGCAAAUCAUAUCGCUUAAUAGCAAGCUGGCCGCCCUUCAGCAGUCAUAUGAUGCUCUGACUGUUGACUGUAAAGGCGCAAAUGGAAACUGCCGUACAAACCUGUAUGACGCUGAGCCUGGCGACGACCAAUGCAUCAUCACCGCUGGAAAUAAGAAAUUCAAGAUUCAUUAUGCCAAGCUCGAUGAUGAGGGUUCAUCGGAUCUGGGUACUGGGAAGGCAGGCUCUUUUAAGGACUGCGCCGAAAAGUGCGCCAACUACAAGGGCGCGGCGAAGUGUGUACGAUUCAUGUGGAACACGGACGGUAAAGAUAGAGCCUGCCAUAUGCGGUCCGAGGGACAGCAUAUUGUUCCCACCAAGUCGUCGAGGUGGAGUUCUGGUCAGCUCCUUUGA